AUGGCGACGACAACAACAACCGGCGGCGAGGCUGCAGCGGCCGCAACAUCUGAAGCAUCCAAGACAACAAUCACAAUCCUCGACCUGCCAGCAGAAACACAGCGCGAAAUAGUCUCUCAUUGCUCUCAAGGCGACCUCAUCUGCCUAGCGCUGGUGUCUAAGCGAUUCCAUGAGCUGGCCGCCGCUCAGCUCUAUCGCAACUUCCACAUCAUCUUCCCUGAUGACGAUGACAUCAACUUUGAUUCCCCGAUUGAUGGCCUGGCUGGCGGCCUCGAUACAUUUACCACUAGUGAAUACAACUACGCCAAGCACCUCAAGGAUCUCUCCAUGGAUACCUUAAGCGCCGGUAUCAAAGGAGAGCAUUCUUAUCAGCCUUACCUUUACAGCGCUAGCUGCGGCAAGUUCCUCAAUACCCUGCUUUACCUAACCUUGAAACGAGCGCACUCCCUGGAGUCUUUCCGGUGGAAUAUUCGCGUCGAGCUCAGUAGACCCGUGUACGCACAGCUGCACCGCAUCAGAUCGCUCAAAAGAGUACAUCUCCGCUUGCAGGCUGGAGGCUCCUAUUAUAUGCCGCCACCGCCUUUACCUGUCACAGUUGACAGCCAAACCCACCACCAACCAAAUGGCCACUGGCCUGACACGAUCCCUCCUCUCCAACCGCUCGGUCCACCACUGCCAGUAUCUCUACCGCCGCCAGGUAGUCCACCGCCAGGUCCACCGCCAGCUCUACUACCACCUUCAUCGCGACCUCCCCCGAAAGGCAAACUGGGAAAGAGGUCUUCGGACACCAGUGAGCCCUCGACUCUGUCAGGAUUCAAAGCCCUGAGGAGCCUAUCUGUCCUAGAUAUCGACAAUCUUGACAUUAUUCCCGAGCUUAAAACCUGCGUCAAAAACUCCUUUUCCACGAUUAAGGAACUCCAACUGUCCUUGUCCGAUUCUUUGGCGCAGCAAGCAAGAAGACCUCCAGCAGAUUCGGACGCUGAUGACUCAGACGUCGAUGAUGAGUUUCAGGUAGUCCCAACAUCAGACAAUGCCACUAACUAUGAUGCCACUGGUCCAGCAAAGGUGUUUCGAGCUCAGGAGGAGAGAAAGCUACAUGAAUUGAUCCUGAACAAGAUUUUCGACAUCGAAGAACCCCAUUUGGUCAAGAAAUCACCAAUGCACUUGAACACUUCUCUGAACCUGCAACCAAGGUCUAAUUCGGCAGUCGGAGACUCGCAACCUCUAGUAGGGGACCCUCGCUCUGAGUUCAUUUCGUCAAUUCGAACAGCAUCUACUAGGCUAAUGGCGGUUAUGAAUGGCUCCAAAGAGUUUUCAAUUUCACAACAAGAAAUCCUUGAUAUUAUUGAGAAAGCUGCGCGAAAAUACGUCGAGUCGGAUCCCACGAACCAAGAUGUGAAAGAUGAUGUCAACCACGCCGAAAAAGGGACUGGAGAGUCAAGUCUACAGCAUCCAACUUCUUCGCCAGAUACCUUGAAGACGGGCCUGAACAUUGAUGCCAACCAAGCCGGGGCCUCAGAGGGUGAUGUGACUGCUCUAACUGGGGUUCCUGACCAACAACAGUUGACGACGAAGGACCCGUCAGAGGAACGCAGGGCAACACGGAAAUCGCAAAUCGGAGAGGAAUUAUCCCCAGACGAUAUUGAUAUUGAGCAUCUGGAGACCCUGGAUGAACACAUUGACGAAUUUGACGACCAGCAGCCGGCGGACACUCCAGCAUCGGGAAAAAGCUUGGUGAUACGAUCCGGAUUAACCACGUCAUGUGGCGAAUCAAACAGUGCUUUCGAAUCUCCCGCAAAAUUGAAUCCGCAAACAAAACAAGCUGACCGGGACGAUGUGAAAGAUUACUCCAAACCCGGAAAGGCGGAUCGUGAAGCCAUUCUCGACAAGUUGGUACAGCUCCACCGGUUAGUUUUUGAGGUCGGGCAAAGGGUUCUUGAAAUCCGCGACGAGAGGGUGAAUGAGAGCAGCUCUACAAUUGCAAGCGCAUUGGACGCCGAGCUGGCACUUCUGAACCGGAGUGCGAUAGAAGUGUCCAAUGAGAUUAGAGUGCUCGAAUCCGAAAUCGAAGACCUUUUGGAUGCACCAGAUGCCCAGAAAGGUGAGAAUUUGAAGCAGAGCAUGGACAAGUAUGCACGGCAAACAAGGGGAAUGUCAAUUGAAACGCUAAAAAUUUGCCUCGUCCCCGUUAAAGCAUCAGUCUUGUCGCAAGCCAUCGACGUUGCGAGCAUAAAGGAAUUGACUCUCAUCAAUGUUGGCAACCAGGCACCCAUAUGGUCCAUGCUUACAAAGGAACAAAAGUUUCGCCCUAUUGCGUUGCGAAGCGUUUACACGGAUCACGUCUCUGCUUCCUUUUUGACCUGUAUGGCACAACUUCCGCGACUGGACGAUCUGUUUAUGCUGGAACGCAGUAUAAAGCACAAGCCGGAAAGCUUUGCUCCACGUAACGCGACUUCGAUAGAUCAGAUUCGUCGUCUGGUGCUCAAGAAGCACAUGCCGACGCUUAAACGACUCAUGAUUAAAGACGAAUCCAACGGGCCAAACUGGGACGCAAAUGAAAAGACAAUGAUACUCAUUUGCACUCGAGGUGUUAAGCUCGAAGAACUUGCACUGAGUAUGAACAUACACGCUGUGCAUGCAUUUAUGCAGUAUUUCUCUGGCCUGAUCAAUCUCCGAGCAAUUAAUAUUCUCCACUUUAAGAAUAAUGACACAUGUAUCUGGGUCAUGCGGGAAAUACUACGAUUUAUCGUCGAUAAUCUCUCCCACCACCCGGAGCUGAAACUGGAAUGGAUAGCUAUGGAGGAUGACCGGGUCGAUCGAGUCGUCCGACCAUCUGAUUCGUCUGCAGACCUGUCUUCUCACGAACCCAUGAACAGGACAAAGGAGAAGGGAAAGGAUAAAGCUCAUGUAUCAUUCAACAGCAGCUUGUCACAAGCCUAUCCUGUGAUACCGCUAGACGGACUGGACUCGGAAAGUGAGAGCGAAAGCGAAGGCAUGGACAGUGGAUCUCGACUGAGAUUUAAAACGGUUGGGCCCUUGCAGUUCUAUGAUGUAUGGGGAGUGAAGAUUUUCGAGAAGGAGAUACGGAGCGGUAAGCUGUAG